CCGUGGAAGCACGUGUGUCUCACUUUGUUUUCUUAAGCAAAUGAUCAACAACAAUUACCACACAUCAAUUCAAACUAGUUGAGGUCAGCUAUAUAAAUCAUAUCUAUCCAAUCUCCUCCAUUUACCGGAUUUCAUAUUCCAACAUUCAGUACUUGGGGUUCCUUAACGGAUAGGAGUUCUCUGCAAUUCCAAUUGAUAUAUGCAUCUCUAAACAGGCUAAAAAGCCUCCUAGCAAAUACUGACCCUAAUGCAGCAACAUAAUAUGACUGAAAGCAUGGAUGAAGGUUUACUAGAUAGGAGCAGUCCCAGCAACGCAAGUUCGGAAUUGCAUGUUACUGCAAGUAUUGUUUUGAGCUCCUCAGUUGCUUCCUGUGGUUACUUUGCCUAUGGAUUUGCUGUAGGAUAUGCAUCUCCUGCUCAAUCGGGGAUCAUGGAUGACCUGGGACUCUCUAUAGCAGAGUAUUCAGUUUUUGCUUCAAUCAUGACAUUUGGAGGAAUGAUUGGGGCUUUGAUAAGUGGAAAGGUGGCUGAUAUUUUUGGCAGGAGAGUUACAAUGUGGCUUUUGGAUCUGUUUUUUAUCUUGGGCUGGUGCUCAAUAAUCUUUGGCAAGAGAGCUUGGUGGCUUGAUGCUGGACGGUUGCUGAUGGGAGUUGGUUCAGGAAUUCAGUUAUAUGUGGCACCUAUAUACAUGUCAGAGGUCACACCAAAAAAAAUCCGCGGGUGCCUUGUAGCAGCUGCUUCAUUUACGCUGACUCUUGGCUUUUCACUGGCGUAUUACAUUGGGAAUAACAUGAACUGGCGAACUUUAGCUCUAGUAGGUGCUAGCCCUUGCUUGAUACAGUUGCUAGGUCUAUUCUUCAUACCAGAGUCUCCUAGGUGGUUGUCGAAAAUUGGUUUGGAUAAGGAGGUAGAAGCAUCACUACAGCGUCUGAGGGGGGGAAAUGCAGAUAUCUCCACUGAAGCAGCUGAAAUAAAAGACUAUACUAAAACAGUUCAACAACACUCAGGAUCCAAAUUUAUGGACAUGUUCAGUAGAAAAUAUGCUCGUCCACUGAUUGUUGGAACAGGGUUAAUGGCUCUUGUACAGUUUGGAGGGAACAGUGCGAUAUCUUCUUUUGCCAGUUCAGUUUUUAGAGCGGCUGGUUGUUCGGCAGACUCAGCAUCUAGAGUCAUGGCUGUUCUCCAGCUUCCAUUUGCUGCCAUGAGCAUUAUCCUUACUGAAAAAGCUGGACGUCGACUGCUUAUGAUGAUUACUUCAGCAGGGGCUUGCUUAGGAUGCUUUCUUGCAGCAUUGGGGUUUCUUUUAAAGGAUUAUCAUCAAUCAGCAGAGCUAACCUCUCAAAUGGUGUUCAUUGGCAUACUGCUCUUUUCUGUAUUUUUCACAAUGGGCAUGGGUGGUACACCCUGGAUUAUCAUGUCAGAGAUACUUCCUAUAAACAUCAAGGGUUCUGCUGGAAGUUUCAUUGCCUUGGUCAACUGUUUUACUUCUUGGAUAGUUUCUUAUGCUUUUAAUUUCCUAUUCCAAUGGAAUGCAGCAGGAGUAUUCUUCUUGUUUGCGUUCUUUUGUGGCUCAGUCCUUGUAUUCGUUGCAAUGCUGGUACCAGAGACUAAGGGACGGACACUUGAGGAAAUCCAGGCAUCGAUGACAUUACUAAAAUGAUAUGUUCUUCAUUCAUGAGUGCUUAUUUUAUCAUUCAGAACUAAAACUGUAUAUAGAGAUGGAUGUUUGUUAUGUUCAUAUGUAAAUCUUGUCUAAUAUAUCAUAAACAUGAAUGUGCUUAUGAGUUAGUAAAGAUCAGAGUUUUGGAAUUA